GCUUUAAUGAGACUGGGUAUUAAAGGAGAAAAUGAAAUGAGUUUAUCUUUGGCCUAAAGUUAAUCCACAUUCUAUUUGGAUUUACCCCGCAUCUAAAAUAAUGGUACAGUCCCACAUUAGUCCCGCCCCCUGCCCCCACCCACACUUCUCCCUCCUCGCUAGCUAGGUAAAUCGGCCUCUUCCGUCCUGUCGUCAUCACGUCGCUCCUGAGGUAGAUCUACGCCCGGGUCCACGCCCUUCCAGCGCGCAGCUUCGCCUCCGCAGUUGCUAAGCGGCCUUGGAUACCUGGCCGCGGGAUGCUGGGCGGUGUCAGGUGAAGAUGGUGGUCACUGGGCCUCAGGUGACCAUGGAGAAAGAGCUUCGGAGCACCAUUCUUUUCAAUGCAUACAAAAAGGAAGUAUUUACCACCAGCAAUGGCUAUAAAUCCAUGCAGAAAAGACUUCGGAGUAAUUGGAAGAUUCAGAGCUUAAAAGAUGAAAUUACAUCUGAGAAGCUAACUGGGGUGAAACUGUGGAUUACAGCGGGGCCAAGGGAAAAAUUUACUGCAGCUGAGUUUGAAGUCCUGAAGAAGUACCUUGAUGGCGGUGGAGAUAUCCUUGUGAUGCUAGGAGAGGGUGGGGAAUCCAGAUUUGACACCAACAUUAACUUUCUCCUAGAAGAAUAUGGAAUCAUGGUUAAUAAUGAUGCUGUGGUUAGAAAUGUAUAUUAUAAGUAUUUCCAUCCUAAAGAAGCUCUAGUUUCCAAUGGAGUCUUGAAUAGGGAAAUUAGCCGAGCUGCAGGGAAGGCCGUGCCUGGGAUCAUUGAAGAGGAGAGCAGUGGAAACAAUGCCCAGGCUCUCACCUUUGUCUAUCCUUUUGGUGCCACAUUGAGUGUCAUGAAACCAGCAGUGGCUGUUCUGUCCACAGGCUCUGUCUGUUUCCCACUUAACAGACCCAUCCUGGCUUUCUAUCACUCGAAGAGCCAAGGUGGGAAACUGGCAGUGCUUGGCUCAUGUCACAUGUUCAGUGACCAAUAUUUGGAUAAAGAAGAAAACAGCAAAAUCAUGGAUGUUGUUUUCCAGUGGCUCACAACAGGAGACAUCCACCUAAACCAGAUUGAUGCUGAGGACCCAGAGAUUUCCGACUACAUGAUGCUGCCCGACACGGCCACCCUGUCCGAGCGGCUGCGAGUGUGUCUCCAGGAGGGCGAUGAGAACCCUCGGGACUUCACCACCCUCUUCGACCUGUCCGUUUACCAGCUGGAUACCACUUCCCUCCCCAAGGUCAUCAAGGCUCACGAGCAGCUAAACGUGAAACAUGAACCGCUCCAGCUCAUCCAACCUCAGUUUGAGACGCCGCUGCCAGCCCUUCAGCCAGCGGUUUUCCCUCCUAGUUUCAGGGAAUUAUCACCCCCUCCGCUGGAGCUGUUUGACUUAGAUGAGACGUUCUCCUCUGAGAAGGCCCGGCUUGCUCAGAUCACCAAUAAGUGUACUGAAGAAGACCUGGAAUUCUACAUCAGGAAGUGUGGUGACAUCCUUGGAGUCACCAAUAAACUACCAAAGGACCAGCAAGAUGCCAAACAUAUCCUCGAGCACAUCUUCUUCCAAGUGGUAGAAUUCAAGAAAUUGAACCAGGAACAUGAUGUUGAUACAAGUGAAACGGCAUUCCAGAACAAUUUCUGAGGACCAAGCCUCUUCAAGCAUUUUCUGCCUCCUGAUUCUCUCUUUAUAAACUCUUUUUGAAUUGUCCCUCAAUUCUUUAUCAAAAUUGUCUAUACAGUCUUUCUUCUAUGAGCUGUGGAAGGUCUGUGCAUCUUCUAUAGUGCCCAGAGUGGGAUAACAUUUCUAACUUCUGUAAGAUAUGUUCCAUUUUUUAAAUUAAAUCUGUUUGAAUCUGUACUUUUUAAA